UAUGAACAGCACAUUCGCCAGACAUCGUCUUGGAAAAAGGGGUAGGGUCGCGGACACAACACGUGACCGCGGAUCAUCAUUGAUCCCCCAGACCUCAAGCUUUCUCUCCCUGCUUUUUCUCUCGCCCAUGUGUCUUGGAUUCGGCAUCUGAUUGGCUGACCCCACCACCGCUCAUGGAGCCCAAUCAAGCCGACCAGAGGGGGCACGCGACAGUUCGAUACGGAUUUCAAGCGUGUUUGAGAAUGCUAUUCAGCGAUCUGGAUGCUCGAGACUCGCUCUGUCUUCUUGAUCACGCAAGACCUCGAUUGGGCCAAGAAGUCCAAUGGCGUCGAAACGUUGUCGAGCUUGCAGGUGCAGGUGGGGUAUGGGUAUGAGUACUAAGUCUAUUACCACCAUUGCCUCCAAGGGAAAGUCUUCCACCGCAUGUCCUGACUCUGUCUCUUGCCAUAUCGUGAGCUUUUUGGCCUCUUCUCUCGAUUCUCUUGAGUUGUUUCUACAACUCUGCCAUUGUCCUUCUUACGGGCUUCUUACUCGCUUCAUCUCGUCCUCUUUUGUUUACUUGGACUUCCUCGACCGCCACUCUGUAACCAGUGCUACGCGAGAGCAUUAUUGACCGGACACGAGACCGGAAAACUCAAAAAGCACUACGAGGGUCACGAUGCCUCGUCCCCAACAACCUCCAACGCCAGCAUCAUCUACGGAGAUCAAGAGCAAAGAUGGCUCCCAAUUCUCAGGUGUUCAGAUGUCCUUUGAACUUCCCCCACCGGCCGUAACAGCAACAGAAACUCGGGCAUUCUCGAAUACUUCUUCCAUUUCCUCUCACCAAGCCAAUUCACAUUCCCCUACAUCGCCUGCCAUACCCGUCAGUGAAGUUGUCAAGACACGGAGAAGACCUUCAAUUGCUCAAAAAUCAAACCAGGAUACCUUUGCGCUGCCCCCACCACCUACCAGAUCGCGAAAGAUUAUACAGAUGAAACCAAAGGGCCCAGUAGAGGAUGUCACGGAAGUUCCUAGCGAAGCACCAAAGAAUGUUUCUACCAAGGCAUCAGCUACUCCCAAGAAGAAACAACCAUCUUCAACUAGCGUUGCGGGGCGCAAGAUAGCUCGGAAAACAGCACAUAGUUUGAUUGAACGAAGAAGGCGAUCAAAAAUGAACGAGGAGUUUGGCGUAUUGAAAGACAUGAUCCCAGCAUGUACAGGAGAAAUGCACAAGUUGGCAAUUCUACAGGUAACUUCCAAAAUAAUGCCCACUCUCAGCCUCCUCGCUAAUUGAAUCAAGGCGUCAAUCGACUAUGUUCGCUACCUAGAAGACUGCGUCACAAAACUCAAAGCCGAAAACACACGAACAAACCCCUCAUCCACCGAACCUCUCAUCCCACCCCCACCAGCACGUAAAGAAUCCCAAUCCACACCCCACCCCUACACGCCCCAAGAAGAAGAUAAAGACACCGAAAUGGGCGACUCCUCAGAAGGCAUCUCUCCAACCUACACCACACCCCUUCCCUCCAUGCGCCCCUCCGCAUCUCCCGCUCUGAUACCCCAGGAUUCCCGUCGUCGUCAAGACUCCUAUUCUUCCGUCUCAAAGGACCACCGUCAGUACAGUUUCAGCGGCUCAGCGACUACCUCACCCGCUCCAGGUCCUGCGGUUUAUGAUUACGCGAGGAGUAUGGCGCCGCAACGGGAUUUGGAUCAGGAGGCUACGGCUGCGCUUUUGAUGUUGAAUACAGAGAGGAGGGGGACGCUUAGUGGGAGAGGGGGGAUGAGUGUUAGGGAUCUUUUGAGU